UCAGGCGCGGCGGCGGCGCGGCCAUGGCGAAGAGCCGGCGGCGGGCGCGGGCCUUCGGCGGGGCCGGCGCGAGGGCCAGGGCCAGGGGCCGGGCGCGGCCCGUCACCACGGCGCUGCGCAAGAUAAAUAUUAUAAACAAUGAGAAAGUCAGAGCACUAAAUAAAGUAUUUACAGAAGUUCAGAAAGAAGUAAAGCAUCUAUCAAAAGACAUGGAAGCAGAGCCUCAAAAGGAACAUCAGGACAGAAAAAAGCAGUGGGCCAGUAGGAAGUAAAGAUGAAUCCAUGCUGGCUGUUAGGUGAAGCAGAACAAUUAGUGCAGUAAUGUGGCCACAAGUUUUAUUUACUGUGCCUGAGGGGGUCAAGUGUCUGUAUGGCUGGGAGCACCAGGAUCAGCACCAAAUACCUUAGGAAGAGGCUGUGAAGAAAAGGAACUGCAGAUGACAGAGCCUCCAGCAGAGCCUCCAGCACAGGAUGAAGCUGAGCAAGGGUUUCAAGGCAGCUGGUGCCAUUGGCCUUAGCCCUGCUGGCUUACAUAUGGCUGGGAAUUCAGACUGCUCUUCAUGUGCUAGUUCAUGACAUAACCAUGAAUUUGAUCACCCAGGCUGUAAGUAACAGUAUUUCUUCCAGUGUUUCAAAAUUAUGCUGUCCAGAGCAUAACUCCCUCAACUAAAAGCUGAGCCUGUUUCCAUUCAUGUUAUUGGCACAAUGUUUUGUCUUUCUCCCGUAGCAAACAGUACUGGCAACUGAUCUGUCAGAUUUAGUGAAUCUUUUAAUCUCCCCCAAAUUAUUGAAUUAUGACUGCAUAAUUAGCCUAAAUUAAAUAUAUCAAAGACUAACCUAGACAGCAGAUACUUAAUAAAUCUUU